UUUAUUGGAAAUAGGUCUAAUGUCAGUGAACUGGUUACCCUCCACCUGGACUCCAAACCAGUCUCUGUUCUUUGUCACAUGAGAGAUUUUGGAUGUGGAAAUGGAGGAUGGACGCCGGUCAUGAAGAUUGACGGCACAAAGGUAAGAUUAGUGUUGAUUUUGUCAGCAGGGAAGAUCGUUUAUUGAAAAAAGAGUGCAGCGUGAUUCGGCCAAUUAAGUUAAAUCGGAUAAUGUAUUUCAAACCGACAACCGUUGAAAUUCUUUUGGUGAAACUGAAUGGCCUACCGACUUUGAACUUCUUUCGUUUUAACAGAACACCUUUCAUUAUAACAACCCGUACUGGAGCAAUAAAAUUGAAUACAACCUCCCCGGAGGGGAGUCUGAGUUUGAUUCGGAGGAGACAAAGUUACCGACCUACUGGAAUACAUCCUUCUCCAAGAUCUGCCUCGGUAUGAAGAUCGGACAACAGCUCAGGUUCACUGUAAUUGACAGAAAGGCCGACUCUCUGUACUCACUGAUCGCUGAUGGUCAAUACCGCGCCAUCUCACUUGGUCGAGAAACGUGGAAGAGUCUGAUUGGUUCAGAUGCCUCCCUACAGUUAAAUUGUAACAGGGAAGGAUUCAAUACUGCUGAUGUUAAUCGUUUUGACGUUUUCCAUUCUGAAGCAAGAAUUGGUAUCAUUGCUAACCAGGAGAAUGAUUGUAGGAGCUGUGACUCCAGGAUCGGGUUCGGCACAAGGGGGCAUUUUGAAGACGCCGUGACGUGUGGUAAUGUGGCACAUAUAGGAGGAGAUAAUGGGGACAGGCGCACUCCAGGCAUGGGGUACAUCCUGGUGCAGUAA